AUGCACGCUUUGGGCAGGAUGAAGGAUGAGCACCAGAAGGUGGAGAUGCCCGCUAUCACUGUUUUUAUGAGCACAAGACGCCCUGCAAACGACAGCGACUUUGAGCUCCAAGAAGGGGAGUCCAAGAUAUCUGACAGGCAGAGAACCCUGAGGCAUACCCGUGGAGAAUUUGAUGAGGCCACUAUGUCUCGAUUCCUUGGAGGUUUGAACCGUGAGAUACAAGACAUCGUGGAGAUGCAAAACUGUGUGGCUAUAGAAGCCGCGCCGACCAACCUUCACCGCGACUCUAAGCCUUUCGCGCCCAAGUCAGAAACGAAACCUCUGGCUACUAAUCAAGACAGGAGCCGGACUGAGCGCACUCCACCAGCCAGAACCCGUGAUCUCAAGUGCUUUAGGUGUCAAGGGUUUGGGCAUUAUGCCUCUGACUGCUUGAACAAGAAAGUGAUGAUCAUCCGCGACAAUGGAGAGAUUGAGUCCGAGGAGGAUCCUGAGCCAGAGAAGGAGGAAGAGCCUGAGGAGUAUGAAGCCGUGCCUGUCCAAGGCAAACUUUUGGUGGCCAGACGUGUCUUGAGUACUCAAGUCAGGACGAUAAAGAUGAGCAGCGCGAGAACCUCUUUCACACGCGAUGCUUAG